CCUAAUUGUUGUGAUAAACUUAUUAAAUAGAUAGAAUGGCCACAGUGAGCUGUCUUAAGUUGCCUGAAGGCGGCUUUUCCUUUGAAAACUGCAAGCGGAAUUCCAUGUUGGCUCAAAGGCAGGGCGUGAAGCUGCCCAAGGCCAAAAAGACAGGAACAACAAUCAUUGGUGUCGUAUUCAAGGAUGGAGUAGUGUUAGGCGCUGAUACGCGUGCGACUGAAGGCGACAUAGUGGCUGACAAGAACUGUGAGAAGCUGCACUUCAUAGCAGAUAACAUGCGCUGUGGAGGAGCAGGGACUGCGGCUGACACUGAGUGGACGUGCGACAAAGUGGCGGCUGAGAUGAAGUUGGUCAAGUUGAAUUCGGGAGGGAGAGAUCCGAGGGUAGUGGCAGCCAUGAUGCGACUUAAACAGUACCUCUUCAACUAUCAAGGCUACAUUUCUGCGGCGCUUAUCCUCGGAGGAGUGGACUCGACGGGUCCUCAUUUGUUCGAAAUCUCCCCGAAUGGAACCACAGCACCCAUGCCUUUCGUAGCUAUGGGCUCUGGCUGUCUCGCCGCACUAUCAGUACUAGAAGCAGGUUACACGCCCGACAUGGAUGAAGAAAGUGCCAAGAAGCUGGCCAAAGACGCGAUCAGUGCAGGAAUCUUUAAUGACCUGGGAUCAGGUUCCAACGUGGACCUGUGUGUGAUCAAAAAGGGCACAUGUGAAUACCUAAGAACGUUUGCGUCAGAGAACCCGAAAGGGACAAGGCAAGGAGACUACACAUAUCCCUCUGGGACAACAGCGGUGAAGAAACGAGAGGUUAUGAAAGUUGACCUUGAAAUUGUGUCCGAGGAGGUCAUGGAAACUGAUUAGAGCUGAUUAGAUAUUAGUUAUAACCAGACCACUCAUUACGUUGAGUGGUUUGUUGAAUGCAAUGGUAUGUUAAGAGUGGAAAAGGAUGAGAAUGAAAAAGUUGAAUUGAUUGUUGUUGUUAUUGAAUUGUCAUAUUCACCUGUUUCUGACGAGUAAAUAAAAUUUAGGACUGGA